UACAGCUCAGUUUUACUGCGAAGACAUCAUUUUACAUGUGGAUAACUCUUAGGUAUUUCAGUCGUUUUAGUUUAUUUACAGUUAGCAGCUAUUAAAUCGUGUCCGUUGAACGUAUGUUGUAUCCUUUAAAUCUUACCUGGUUUUCCCAAUAACACUUUCUGAAGUUUGAUGAGAUGUAGCAGUUUGUGUUCGCCUAUAGUUCAUUGUGAAGAAAAUAAUUUAACAACAUCGCAGCGGAAAAUAUUACAUAUUCGAGAAUAAGUAACAAUACACUUAUUGUUGUGGUUCAAUAAUCUAUCAGGAUUCUUUUUUUAUCAUCAUUUUAAAACAUCAUUUAAUAGAUUCAAAGGACAUCGGUAUGGCAAGUGUACAGGAUAUUAACCCUCAAUGUUCAAACCCUGAAAAUGAAGUUGCAAAGAAUGAAAAGGAGCAGACUGAAACAUUGUCUAAAAGGCAACGGAAAAGACUUAUCAAGAACCAGCAGUGGGAAGAACAGAGAGAACUUCGCAAGCAGAAGCGGAAAGAGAGAAAACAGCAGCGGAAGCUUGAGAGACAAGCACAGGCUGAAGAUGGUGUUGAGUGGACAGGAAAGAAGCGUAUGCACAGAUCUGCAGAGCCCAGCUCUCUUAGGCUGGUGAUUGACUGCAGCUUUGAUAGCUUCAUGGUGCUCAAGGAUGUCAAGAAACUUCACAAGCAGAUUCAAAGGUGCUACGCUGAGAACAGACGAACACAACAUCCUGUACAGUUUUACCUCACAAGCCACAGAGGUCAGCUAAAGCAGAUCAUGGAUGAAAUUAACAAAGGAUGGGUGAACUGGAAGGAUGUCCAUAUCAAGACUGACCCAUUUCAUGAAAUCAUGAGCAAGGAGGACCUGGUCUACCUUACCUCAGAUUCGCCCAAUGUCCUGCAAGAACUGGAUGAGGCCAAAGCAUAUGUGAUUGGGGGCCUGGUGGACCACAACCACCAUAAAGGAGUCACUUUUGAUCUUGCUAAAAAGCUUGGCAUUGCCCAUGCUCAGCUUCCACUGGGCAGUUUUGUCAAGAUGAAUAGCCGCAAGGUUCUGGCAGUCAAUCAUGUUUUUGAGAUCAUCCUAGCAUUCCUGGAGAAACGAGACUGGAAGGAAGCAUUCUUCACUGUUCUGCCACAGAGGAAGGGAGCUAUGCCAAUGGAGCUGGGACAGUGCAAUAAUGAGGAGGAAGACUCUGAUCAAGACUCGGAAAUUAACAGUGUGGUUUCAGAAAAGAGAACUGAGCAGACUGGUAGCAAACAGGUAGAAAAGAAACCUUUGCAAACCCAUUCAGACUGCAGUGAGCAAAACGCAUCAUAGAUGGACAUAACAUAUUUAUGCUGCCUUGUGUUUGUGACAUUUUUAGUUCAGAUUUUUUAAGCUUGAUAUCUUGGUUGUUAUUUAGAUGAUUUAUGCAAGGGUUUGAACUGAAUGAUUGCAAUUUUUGUUAGUUUGUUACAAUUUUGAUGAAAAUCAAACUCUGUCAUCGUUUUAUUUAGGUAUUAAAACAAUUGUCUUAUAUUAUCAAUUGAUGUUUUUUAUUUAAAUAAAAUAAAUCUGCUAAAAGUUUUUUUACACUGAAAUAUGUUAAUUAGUUAGUUAACAUAUUAAAUGCUUACUGA